GAGACGUGCGACUCCGGAGGAGGUACCCUGACAGGCCCAACCAGACUGCGGAAGGAGCGAGAAAGGCAAGUCGGGCCUGCACGCCUCUUCCGCCCAGGGCCCGGAAGGGUGAUGUGGCUGGGGUUUCGCCGGCCUCACUAUGUCUGCCAUUUUCAAUUUUCAGAGUCUGUUGACUGUAAUCUUGCUGCUUAUAUGUACCUGUGCUUAUAUCCGAUCCUUGGCACCCAGCCUCCUGGACAGGAAUAAAACUGGGUUGUUGGGUAUAUUUUGGAAGUGUGCCAGAAUUGGUGAACGGAAGAGUCCUUAUGUUGCGGUAUGCUGUAUUGUGAUGGCCUUCAGCAUCCUCUUCAUACAGUAGCUUGGAAAAAUGCCAGAAUUCAGUUGCAAUCAGAUUUAAAUAUGAAAAAAAGGACUUAUCUGCAGAAAAUAAUGGAAAGAAUGGUUAACCCAUUUAUCUUUGAACAUUGAAUGAGAUAAAUUUUCAGCUGCUGUUCUCUAUUUUUGUUAUUGGACCAAUGUUCUAUAUAAAUAAUUAGGAUGUAACCAUUUAAUACUCAGAGCUUAAAUAUGUCUGUAACAUCAACCUCAGUACUGUCACUACAAUAUUACAUUCUGCAUAUGUCAUUCUAUUAUGUCAGAUACCAGUUUUUAGUGAGGUAUCUUUAAGGCACAUAGGAGAAAACAAAAUUGGUAAAUUACUUAAGUUCCUUUCACCGUGAUUUGGAAACGAUAAAUCUUUAUAGAAUGAGACUUUUUGGACUAGCUUUUUUAUUGGAAAAAAAAAAAGGUUCAAUUCGUGUUGGUAAGGACUGCAUUCAUAUUUAAUAUUGCUUGCUUUUCCUCUGGCCACAUCAUUUUGAGCAUUAACCAGAGUACCUCUACUGUUAGCAAACUGUAGUUUAUUACAGGUAUUUAAACUAUUUAAAACAAGCCUAUGCAGUUCUUAAGGAGGAAGAUAAAUGAGAAGUGACUUAAGAGUGCUAUUGAGAAAAUGUUCCUAUUUAACAUAAAAGAAUUCAGAAUACCUGACUGGUGUUAUCGUCUCUGAAACCUCUGGUUAAGUAUGGAUAAAUGUCUUAAGCAUAAAUUUGACCAGCUAACUGUUGUUUUUGGAAUAAGGCUACAUGCUUAGAGUAAAAAAGAGCUAAAUGGAAUGAUAAUCUUAUACACGUUUUUCAUUCUUUUUAGUGUUAGGUCUCUACAUUUUAAUUACCCCAAAAUGCAAACUGUGUUUUUGUUUUUUAAUACAGCACUUUAAAUCUAGUUUAUGUUUUGCCUAUAAACUUGAACUGGAAUCUUGUGUAACUUACUACAUGAUGAUAAACAGUUUUCACAUCUACUUACCAUAUGCCAUGGCAUAAAUGUCUUUGAGCUUUGAUGAUAAAGGAGGACCUUCAGUAAUUUUCAUUGAGGCAAGAGGAACAUUGUAAAUGUGACACAAAUUUUGUAGUAGAGCAGUUAUUACACAUUUAUGGUUAACAUUUCAAAUUCAGUUAAAGUUUCAAAGCGAAGGAAAACUUCUUAACUAAAAAUUGCCCAUUAUACAUAGUAUUAAUUAGAUAUUGUUUUUGGCUGUUAAUUCCCCAUAAAGAUAAAAAGAAUAAACUUUUUUUUUUAAGAAAAAAAA